AUGCGCUUGGCAGAUUUUUGGCCGGUCAUCCUACUUUUUCCCGCAGUUACCGCUCGGCCAGACAGUUCAAUUGACUUAACGUUGAAGACCUCCAAUACAAUUGAAAGCCGCAAAGAUGAAUCUAAUUGUUGCGCGGUGUUACAAAAAGCUCUUCCAAACAAGAUCAUAAGCCCGAAUCAGAUAUUUAGCUUUUAUUCCCAACAACAAACCUAUUGGGAUAACCAGGAGCGUGAAGUCUCUCCGGCAUGUUUUGUGUUGCCCACAAGCGCACAAGAAGUGUCAUCAGUUCUUACAGCACUGGUUGGACAGCAAUGCCCGUUCGCAAUAAGGAGCGGAGGCCACAGCCCAAUCCCAGGUUGGAGCAGUAUCCAACGCGGUGUGACCCUCGAUCUCAGCAAUUUUAGUGGAAUAGACGUUGCUGCGGAUAAGUCUUACGUGAAUAUCAAGCCUGGAAAUCGAUGGUCGUCAGUUUACUCUCAGCUUGACGCUCUCGGUUUGGGGACCUCAGGAGGUCGGGUAGGCACAGUUGGUGUGGGCGGGCUGGUGACUGGUGGUGGCAUCUCGUACUUCUCCAAGGAGAGAGGUCUGGUGUGCGACAACGUCUUGGAAUUUGAGACUGUUCUAGCUAAUGGAAGCAUCGUCAUGGCUGACGCGAAUACCAACAGUGAUCUGUACAAGGCGCUUAAGGGAGGCACCAGCAACUUCGGCAUCGUCACAAAUAUCAAGAUGAAGACCUUCAGUUUCCCAGGGGGAAACAUGUGGGGAGGAACCGUCUUCCAUAAGACCGAUGACGCAACACGAACAAAGCUUUUCAACUACUUCUCUUCCCAGUAUGCCACGAGCUCGAGCGACGUACAUGCCCAUUGGAUCUACAGCUGGAGCUACGUCAACGCGGUCGCGACCAACAUCUGGGCCAGCGCGAGCAACAUUCAGUACACAGUUCCAGUCACAACGACGCCGGACAUCUUCAAACCGAUUGUGUCGUCCGACGUUGCACUCAUUUCCACCGCGGCGCCCAGCACUCUCACAGACCAAGCCCAACAGAUGGCCAAUUUGAAUCCGGAUGGCAGCCGGCAGCUCUUUGCAACGCUCACGUUCAGGAACAACGCUGACUUCAUGGAGCAAUUUUACCAGCUGAGUAGCAAAGCUGCCCAGUCCAUUGGGAACACUCUCGGCCUGCAAUGGACCAUGUCGUUCCAGUCGCUCCCCCAUAGCGUGUAUAGUCAAGGAACAAAGACGGGUGGCAAUUCCCUCGGACUGGAUGACGAGAAAGAUGAUCUGAUUGUGGCUCUGCUCACGGCCACGUGGAAGCUUGGUCUGGAUGACAACGCUGUCUACACUGCUGCUCAGAGUUUCUUCACCCAGGCAAAGGCCAAAUCAGUGGAAUUCGGCGUUGACAACGAUUUCCUAUACCUGAACUAUGCAGCUGAAUUUCAGGAUCCCAUCAAGAGUUAUGGAGCUGCUAGCGUUGCAGAACUCCAGCAGGUCAAGGCAAAGUAUGACCCGCAUGGUGUCUUCUCAACGCUGGUGCCUGGAGGCUUUAAGAUUCCACCGUCAUGAGAAAGAAGAUGGUAUAAGACUAGAUGCAGUUGUAUACACUGUUAAUAUGUAG